AUUUCUCAGAAGUAACUCGAGUUCACUACAAAAUAAUCUUCAGAAACGGAUAAACUAACCAACCGGAGUAACUCGAGUGCGUUUUCCGAAGUACCUGCAGAACUGAAUCGACGCCGCGAUGUGAUGCCUUCUGCUGUGUCGUUUAACAAAUCAUUAAGAAGUAAUUGUAAUAUGUUGCUCAUGAAGAGAUUAUCAAUGAGAGGGCUUGCAUGCCCUUGUGAACCCAAUCGUCGAAUAACUAAAAUUGACAACAAUUUCAAGAAUAUUUUUAUUCAAACUUCGAAUAUGUGCGUGAAUGCCAUUGAAGGAAGCAAGCCACGUAAACAGACAUCGCAGAUAAAGAGUGAUUUUGUUUCUGAAGACAAAAGACUGAAUCAUUUGAAAAACUUCUACAAUUCCGAUUAUUUUGCUUCUCAAUUAAAUUAUGACAAUGAACAUUUUUCAGCUCAUGUUGGACACUUAUCAUCAAGUAAACAGACACCAGAAUAUUUCUUGGAUGAACACAUGCCAGAUUUUGCUUUGUCAGCCAAACUCUACUAUUCUCAAACAAAGAGAUUAGCUUUGAAGAGAAUAAUUCAUGCCUUUUAUGGCUCAGAAGGUGAUUCCAGUGACAAUAAAAGCAUCGCACUGUGCAUUAAGAUGAUGAGGGAGCAUCCAAAUCUUAUAUACAGUCCUAUGUAUGAAAUUGAGCAGUGUUUCAAGAUAUUUUCUGAUUGGGGUGUGUUGGAGGAAGAAUUAUUGGAGGCUUCAUUCCUGUUACUGGAAGGAUCCUCUUCCUUGUUGGCUCGCAACAAGCUCUUCCAAGAACUUGGUCUGCAAUGCCGCCCCAGUAUUGGCCUUAUUAGGCUUCAACAUCUAAUGGAAGUUCAGGAGCAAGAACUGGUGGCAAGAGGCUUGCUACCAUCAAAUCGAUCAUUAACAGCACACUUGUUGUCAGUUGUGGGAGAGGACCACGUGGCAAACAGUGAAGAUCUUCUCCGCAAUGCAUCUCCUCAGGCUCCCAUCAAAUAUUCUUAUUAUUCCGUGCUAGCUGGAUUUUUAGCUCACAGAUUUGGUGUGAGUUCUUCUGAUACACAAAGGGUUCUUAGUUCUUAUCGGCCCUCUUACAAACCUCUCAGCCAUUACUACAUCAUCUGUGAUCUCCUAGAGAGGAAGCUUGGUGCUGAUUUUCAUCAGAUCGCAGCCAACCCACAGCUGCUGGAUGUGUCCCCCAUAGCUGCUCUGUCCCUCCUGUCCAGACACCCCAUCAUCUGUGGCCGCCCCACCCCUCACAUCAUCUGCUCACACCCCUCCCUCACACAUGGCUCACCCGCCCUCCUCUCACGCUGGUUACACCUCCUAGCCCAAUACAAAGUGGAGAGCUUCCCCUUAACUCCUCUGGUGCUGUGGGUGCUGAAGCAAGACUUUUUGGACAUUACAAAACUGGUGCUGGAGUACUUGCCUAGUCAUUCUCAGUGGGAGGCAAUCAAGACAUCGCCGUACUUAUUUGAAAUUUUUAUCGAUCCAUCAGUGACGAAUAAACUCGUAAACAAGAACUACGUUUUUUUGACACGCCGAAGCAAGAAAUCCUCAUCUUCUUCGUCGUGCAGUUCUAAUUUAAUUGAAAAAUCGGAAGAAUGUAGCAGCGCAAACAUAACCUCUCCUCAGUCAACUUUGUAUUCGAGGUUGAACAGUGCAGACUCGUCAGCAUAUAACAACAAAAAGUUGGACUAUGUUCGAGCUUCGGCUGCCAAAACUGCGCAAGUCUUGAAUCGGCUAAUGGGCCCAGAUGGCGCUGCUUUCUAUACAGAUGGUGAGGCUGUCGAUGUCCACUAUAUUUCCCCGAAAUGGAAGAAUGGACCGUCAAAAUUUCGUCCACCACGUGAAGUCGCGGCAUAUUUACGUAAGCAACUGGGAGCUACCCUGCCUCAGCUCUAUAGAAUGGGGUGGGUGAUGCAGAACAAAUGCUCCUUGCUAGACGUUACAUCCAUCAUGCAUAUGCUGGCGAUGGAGGGCUUCACGAAAGAACAGAUGCUGGCUAGCCUGCCCAUUUUUGCGGCUGAUCGAAGCCUGGUGAAGGAACAGCUCGAGAUCUUCAGUAGCCAGGACCGCAGCUACGUGGAGUAUUGGCGGCGCCACCCGAACGGCGUGAACCUCAUACUUUACCUCGUGAGGAAAUGUGGACUGUCUCACGAUCAGUCACUCCAGGAUGCUGCUAUGGCUGAUGAUGAUGAGGAUAGCCUGUCACAUGCUGCUAUGGCUGAUGAUGAUGAGGAUAGCCUGUCACAUGCUGCUAUGGCUGAUGAUGAUGAGGAUAGCCUAUCACAUGCUGCUAUGGCAGAUGAUGAUGAGGAUAGCCUGUCGCAGCAGGAUGCUGAAAUGGCUGAUAUCAAUGAUGAAGACAGCCUUGGCUGAUGUCAGUGAUGAGUGACGGUCUGUCCCAAUAGAGUGCUGCUGUGGCUGAUGUCAGUGAUGCGACAUGUCACAAGGAAUCUCAGAAGGGAAGAAAGGAUGCCUCAGUGCCAAGUUAUUGAGUAUUUAAUUUGUUCUAAGCCCAAGCAGAAAGAAAUGCCAGUAAAAUUAAGCAAAAGCCUUGUAAGUUGACAUCAAUUAAAGUAUAAAGUUAAUGAACGGGUCAACAAUAGAAUUUAAAAAUUUUAAUUUAAUGGAAUUUAUCGUUGAGUUGUGCCUAAUUAUUUGGAGAAAAAUGAAGUCGGGUUCAUAUCACGACUUCCAUGCCUACGCCAGAAACCGUGCAGCAUAGUUUCGUUGAUGAAUAUAUAUAUAUAUAUACCUGUUCUUUCUGAUACUACCUUGAAAAUAAAAUGAUCUAUUCACUUGCCUCCGUUGAAUGUUAAUUGCCUGUUCUCGAAGCCAAGUCGAUUUGCCGUGUUUUCGUGUUUGUAAUUUUUGUAUGAAAAUCGUAUAAAAUUUCCCAAAUCCCACGUUACUGCAGAGUGA